AUCAUAAUCUAAGUAUCAUCAAUGUCCACUAGGCGGCCGCAGUCAGAAAGUGGCGUGCUGUUGCAACAGUUAAAGUCUUCCGGGUUGUAGCUCUCCGCGCUGACGCAGCUGCUGUAAACAACAACACAAGGGCACGCUUAAGUUGUGUAACUCCGUUUAAUAAUAGAGAAUCCCGGUUAGCGCACUAGUCGGCGUCUCUGUUUCCGUGUUUAUUCCGGAACAUACUAAUACAUACAUGUUGUUCCUCCGGACUGCGGCUCUCAGCUGCAGAGGUCUGACCGCUCUGCGCUGCCUGCCCGCCGGCUACACCGCCUCCAGAGCCACCGCUACAUACAUCCAGGGCCAGAGCCCGGAACCACGUAUCCGAGAAUACUUCUACUACGUUGACCACCAAGGACAGCUUUUCCUCGAUGACACCAAAGUGAAGAACUUUGUCACCUGCUUCAAAGAUAAACAGUUCCUGGUCUUCUUCUUCAGUCGGCUGCGUUCAAAUCAGAGUGGUCGGUAUGAGGAGGACUUCCCCUUCUUGUCGCUGUGUGGCAGGGAGAGGAACUUCCUGCGCUGCGAUGACCGUCCUGUGGUCUUCACCCACCUGCUGCAGAGUCCUGCCGGGCCGCAGGGAAUCAUGGGAGAUCAGGAGCUGCUGUCGUACUGCGGCGGGGCCGAGAAGCUGACCGCCCCGUUCCGCCCAGAGGCGUUGUACAUGCAUCCUGUUAGUGGACGAGUUUACCACCCCUGCUUAGAGCGUGGAGGGGGGGUCGGCCUGGUCAGGUCGGCUCUGGCCAUCGAGCUCAGCCCGUUCUUUGUUUAUGCUCCGGAGCACGGCCAAUCAGGACAGCCCACGCACUUUCUCUGGGGAGGACAGAAGCACACACUGACCAAUGAGCUCGCAGGAUGCUUCCCCACUACGGAGGAGGGGAGCGGGCAGCAGGGAGAACUGGGAUAAUGACCAGAACUGGUCAAAGGUGUACCUUAGCUUUUGAAAUGCUAUCCUGUGAGAUGUGUGGACAUCAUCAGUGUCCCAUACUGGCAGUGGGACACAGCUGUGAUCACAGUGUGAUUGUUACAGUUUGAAGCCUGGGCCGAUGUGUCCUCCUAUCCUAAUUUAUGUGAUGUGUGAAAAGUCAUAUUCACUGAUGAUGCAGAGUAUUUUUGGCUUCUUCUUUUUUUAUUUUUUGGGCUUGAGACCCCUCAAACAAAGCAGUGUCUACUUGCAACCCCUCAUCACAGGUCGCAGGUCGAAACAAAUCUUCCCUUUAGAUUCCCUGGAUUAAUCUGAAUCUUAUUUAUGGUCCUGAAGAGCUAUAACUAUCCAGUUAUUGAGUGUAGCAGAAGUAUAUCAUUUUUUCUUUCCCUUCCUGUUAAUCAUCUCACAACAUAUUUAUCAUCCUGACCUCCAGGUUGCAGAGCCUAAUGAAGCUACAGCGGCUGAGAGACCGUAAGCUCGUAUUUUAAUGUUGUCACACUCAUUGUCACUUUUCCUCACCACUGUCCCUUCAGCUCAGACUUGCCGGCACUGUUUCUGCACGUUUAAACGUAAGAUUCAGUCACAUGCAAAUCUGAUUGUUAGAUGAAACCUUAAUUAACCCAAAGUAGGUAAUUAUAGCAAAUUUGCUAAAGAGAAGAGAGCAGUUACUUGACACAUUGAGUGCAGAUGGUUAGUAAUCCAUAGCCUACAAAUAUAAAACAUAAUACAUAUCAUAUUUCUCCUUUGCCAAAUUUACAGAGUAGCAGAUGUGUGCAGCAGAGUGGAAUUAUACAGAAUUUGACUCUAUAUCAUUUCUAAACAUUCACACCUGGAGGGGGUGGUAAUGAGGGAGGGGCAGGCGAUUUAUCCUGCUGGUCCGGGGGAUUGAACCGGCAACCUUCCGGUCUAAACUUUUGGCCACCACUGCCCCUAAAUAAUAAUUAAAUAUGCAAAAUGGACAUACUGGUGAGUUCGCAUAGAAAAUACAAAUCUUAAACAAAUAGUAUUUAAUGUUCUUCAAAUAGAGCAGAAUUUGAACUGUACAAAAUGUAUUUAUAUGAAUGGGAAUAAAACAACAAACUCAUGACAAGCAUUUUAGAAUAUACUACUGAAUGUACACAGUCGGAUCCGUCUUUAAUAAAUUGAAAUACUCUGAA